GUCUUCGCGGACCUGGCCAGCAGCUCCAGAACGAUGCCUCUGUCUGCAUGGACCUGAAUGACGGCAUAGGGAUUGUCAAGGAAGAUCAAAAUUGGGUCUAUAGCGGGACCACAGUUGUCUCGGAGGAGCUCUCGACCAGGGAGAAUCUGUCUGGGGGCGCUGGGCACUUGGUGAGGGAGGUGAUGGAGGAGUACGGCAUGGCUGCCGUGCUGGUUGAGCAGAAUAUGGACGUGCUCACAGACGCUCUCACCAGCGGGCAGCCGAACCGCUACUUUAAGUACUUGACAGUUCGCUCUAGGUUCAGGGAGGCUGGGAACGAGGAGGAGGAAGAGAGGAUCAAGAAGGAGCUGAAGGAGCUUAGCAAGCACUGUGCAAAAAUCCGCAAGCAGCACAUGGUGGAGUGGAGGGAGCAG